CUUUGCUAAGAAAAAAAUAGCAUUUAAUUCAAGAGGCCGACCAGAAAGAAGAGUAGAGGAGAUAACGACGCGCUAGCAGGAACAUGUCAGGUGGCGGGAAUGGGCAAACGUUGAGUCAAGAAACCAAGGAGGAAUACGUCAGAGUGAGGAAGAGUGAUUUGGACAGUCUGACCACAGAAGUCAUGCAGAUGAAGAAGUUCCUGCCCAAAGUGCUGAAUAAAGACCUUAAAGAAACAGUGCGUAAAGUGAAGACAGCUCAAGCAGUUGUAAAGCAUCACGAGAAGGAACGGGAACAGCUGCGUCAGCAGUGUUUGCAUCUUCAGUCACGGCUGGAUGCGUCACAACGUGAAUGUCAGAAAGAGAGAGAGGAGAAGCUGCUGUUGCGUGAGCAGCUGUGGCAGAGCGGUGCAGAGCUGCAGCAGCAGGCCGACUUCUGCUCCGCUCUGGGAUCAGCCACCUGCAGUCUGCUGUGGAGCUGCUCAUCCAGCGAGAAUGCGGUGGCACAGUGGCUGGCUGAUGGAAAGCUGCCGUCAUUCCUAGGUGUAGCUGCUCAGACUCUGGAGAGCUUUGUCGACUCUUUGGACGCAGAAGUAAAAACUCAAACCGAAGACCAGAACUCCCUGGAGCAUCAGUUUGUUUUAGCUCUGGCUGGAACUGUAACAAACAUAGCUGCUGUGCCAUGUGGUCGGAACUUCCUCUCCAGCUCGGCUCACGACCUCCUGGACACUCUGAUGAGGCUUCUGGAGCAGAUGGACUCAGGUGUUUUCCCCAAACUGAAAGUGUUAAUGUUGAUGGCCCUGUAUAAUGUCAGCAUCAGUGUGAACGGGCUGAAGCACAUGAGUGAGAACCCAGGACUCCUGCCUCUCAUCUGGACCAGGAUGAACGACGGAGACUGGGAGGUGUGUCUCCACUCUCUGCGUCUCCUACAGUCUGUGCUGUUGGAGAAGGAGGCGGUGCUCCUGUUCGGCUCCUCCUUGCUGGAGCCAGAACUCCUGGCGUGUGUUACCCAGCUCAGCUCCAGUAACAAGCCUAGUCUGAAACAGGCUGCACAGCAGACCCUGGAGGAUCUGCACGCCCUUCAACAGAAACUGGAGUGUAAACGGAGUAGCCUGUGAUGUGGAUCAGCAUCUUCACUCCUCCUGUCCAGUGUUUCUUCAUUUCUUUCUUCCUAAACUAUUAUUCAACAAUUGAGGAAAGUAUAUAGUACAGUUCGGAGAGCUUCUGUCCGUGUCAUCGCUCAGUCAAACUUAAAACAAAACACUGAACAUCCAAACCCUUCAAAUUGUGUUUGCAAUCGUUUAGUUCCCUGUUCAUCAGAUUGAACCAUGAUUAAACCUUUUGUUAGUAAUUUGUAGAUUUUAUGUUUACUUGUGUUUCUCAAAUGGCCACAUGGUGGCAAUCUUUGAAAGAACACAAAUGGUUGGCUGUUGCAAUCCCUGGACAAACCAGGUUUCCUCACAGAGCCCCAAAACAUGUAUGUGACACCCAAGCACUGAGCUGCAGAAAAUGACAGGCAGAACAAUUAAAUACUCGUCCACUAGGUGGCAGCAAAUGGCAAAAGAUUUAAAAAGGGAGCUGCAGAGUCUUUGAAGAUCUUUGUCUUCUCCAAUUCCUGCCAGUACAUCAGCAUUGUGUUCAACUAAACCAGCUCAUGUUUCACAUUGAGUAAAACGCAGUGCCACCCCACGACCCUGCAAAGGAUAAAGCAGAAGAUUAUAAAUGAAUUAAUAAAUAAUUAAUAUUUUUGGAAUAGAAUUAGAAUAACUAUCAGGUGUGAUGCUAUAACCAGAUCCCUCUGUGCAGGAAAUAUAUUUUUCUUAAUUUUAAAAAAAACAGAAUCAUCGUUUGCACUGAUAAAAAAUAACAUGCUCGGGGCGUGGCGGUUGGGGACAUGGUUGAAGUGAGAGUGUCGUACUGUGGUGUGGAGCUCUACAUUCAGAUUCUUAUUUACUACAGCACUUUGGUUCAUAGUGAGACCUUAAUAAAGGCCAUAUGAAGAGUCUGAUUCCUCAUCAAGGGGAGAGUUAAAUAUCAACUCAUAAAUGCUGCUGCUCUCGUGCUUCUUCAUUUAGACCUGUGAUCUCAGGUGAGUCCUUUCACUCACACACUGAAAGAAUGUGUCUCUCAUACAUAAAUUCAGAGUGCAUUUCUAUUCACCACGUUUUUUUUUUCUUAGGGUUAAAGAAGGUUGGACGCUGUCCUUGUCUCAGAUGAUUGACAGACGUCCAUUGACGGGCACCUGAAGGAACUUCCUGUCUGCACGGCCACAGCUGUAAAAGGCUGUGAACGACCACAGGUAAAUGUCAGGACACUAGACAUACAAUAGGGUUUUGUUGGACCACAGGAGGUUUAGCAGUGACCCACAGGAAAUGGAGCUAUUCUUUCUGUCUGUACAGAGUAAAAGACGUGACGUGCAUCAGCAGGCAAAUUUAUUAAAGAAAGUCUUGUUCAGAUUUAACAUGGGAACUAGUUGGUUAGCAAAGCAGAAAGGACGUGUCGUCAGGCGGUGCUAGACGUAGAAAACAUCAUUGUUUACAUUCGACGGUUGC